CUUCCGGCGUCGCCGGAGUGAAUUGAUCCGGGAGUUGAAGAGGGCUCCAGAGGUGGGAAGUGAAGUCAGUGCCUCAGUUGCCGAAGAGAACUGUAAAGGAAGAGUCAAAUGUUGACAGAGAUCUGCGGAUUCAGUUCCAGUUUCAUGAUGUGGCCCUUCUGAGGAGGUCAGUACAUAUUUUGUGCCCUGUUCUUUUAUCACAAAAAAGAAAAGAAAUACUGCAGUGAAUGAAGAUUCCUCUGCAUUUUAGCACUGCUUUUUCUACUGUAGUUGGCUUUUGAAUGAGGAUGACAAUGGAAGAGAUGAAGAAUGAAGCUGAGACCACUUCCAUGGUUUCUAUGCCCCUCUAUGCAGUCAUGUAUCCUGUUUUUAAUGAGCUAGAACGAGUAAACCUGUCAGCAGCUCAGACACUGAGAGCAGCUUUCAUUAAGGCUGAAAAAGAAAAUCCAGGACUUACACAAGACAUCAUUAUGAAAAUUUUAGAGAAAAAAAGUGUAGAAGUUAACUUCACAGAGUCCCUUCUUCGAAUGGCAGCUGAUGAUGUAGAAGAGUAUAUGAUUGAACGACCAGAGCCAGAAUUCCAGGACCUAAAUGAAAAGGCACGAGCACUUAAGCAAAUUCUCAGUAAGAUCCCAGAUGAGAUCAAUGACAGAGUGAGGUUUCUGCAGACAAUCAAGGAUAUAGCUAGUGCAAUAAAAGAACUUCUUGAUACAGUGAAUAAUGUCUUCAAGAAGUAUCAAUACCAGAACCGCAGGGCACUUGAACACCAAAAGAAAGAAUUUGUAAAGUACUCCAAAAGCUUCAGUGAUACUCUGAAAACCUAUUUUAAGGAUGGCAAGGCAAUAAAUGUGUUCAUAAGUGCCAACCGACUAAUUCAUCAAACCAACUUGAUACUUCAGACCUUCAAAACUGUGGCCUGAAAGUUGUAUAUGUUAAGAGAUGUACUUCUCAGUGGCAGUAUUGGACUGCCUUUAUCUGUAAAUUUUAAAGUUUGACUGUAUAAAUUAUCAGUCCCUCCUGAAGGGAUCUAAUCCAGGAUGUUGAAUGGGAUUAUUGCCAUCUUACACCAUAUUUUUGUAAAAUGUAGCUUAAUCAUAAUCUCACACUGAAGAUUUUGCAUCACUUUUGCUAUUAUCAUUCUUUUAAGAAUUAUAAGCCAAAAGAAUUUACGCCUUAAUGUGUCAUUAUAUAACAUUCCUUAAAAGAAUUGUAAAUAUUGGUGUUUGUUUGACAUUUUAACUUGAAAGCGAUAUGCUGCAAGAUAAUGUAUUUAACAAUAUUUGGUGGCAAAUAUUCAAUAAAUAGUUUACAUCUGUUAAACAUUUCUUUACUUGAAAAAAUACAUAUAUAUAUAUGAAUAUAUAUAUAUGAUCAGAAGACCAAGAUGACUUGGUGUAAUGUCUAAAGAACUUCUAACGGGAGCUUACUAGCAGUUUAUCAGAUAAUAAAGCAACAAGAAUUCU